AAACAAGAAUUUGCAAUUAUAAAUACCCUUAUCAAUAUAUUUCCUAACGAGUUAACGCAAAAUUGCAUUCAAAACUGCUUCAGCUUUCAUCAUGCAAGACUCCGAAAAAUAUGUUUAUAAUCAUGAGACUAAAGAGCUCUUCACUGGAGGAACGGCUUAUACUUGCCCAGCUGGAGGUUUGGGAAAAGCAAUGUUCGAAAAUAUGAAAAAACAUGCGAAAGCAGGAAUUAUUGCACAAGUUGAAAGAGAAACAGGCAUAGAAGAAUCCUUCAAAAAGCUUCUAAGCAAAUGUAUCAAAAUUGCUAUAUUCAUGAAAGAGCAGGACAUUCAACCUGGCGAUGUCAUUUCAAUGUGUUCCGAAAACACGUUGAACAAUUCAGCUGUAUUAUUCGCUUCAAUUUUUAUUGGUUCUAUUAUUGCUUCAACUGAUCCAGAUAUUGCUGUUGAAGAUACAAAACAUUUAUUAGACAUGGUUGAACCAAAAUUAAUUUUUGUUUGUGAGAAAUCAACAGAUUUGAUUAGAAAUGCAACAAAAAAUUGUUCCUACAAAACAAAAAUAGUACCAUUAUAUGGUGAAUCAAUUUGUUUUGAUAUGUACACGGAAGAAGACGAAGAAAAGUUUCAUCCGGUUCAUAUUGAAGAUACAAAUUCAACAGCGCUGAUUUUAUUCAGUAGUGGAUCGUCUGGAUUACCGAAAGGUAUUUGCUUGAGUCAUAAUUCAAUCGUUGCAGAUUUUGCGGUGAAUGAUACACAGAUGACCAGGCUAGGCAUGACUAAAUUUGCCAUUUUUACAACACUUUAUUGGAUAUCAGGAGUUUCUAUAACACUUUCAGCUGGGUACUUUGGUGUAACUAAAGUAGUCUUUAGAAAAUUUAUACCUAACCAAGUCUGGGAUGAUUUAGAUAAACUAAAAGUGAAUAUAUUCAUCAUUUCCUAUUCCAAUGGAAUGCAAUGCAUACCAUACUUGAAGCAUAUAAUGCCGGAUUUAAAAGCGGUGGUUAUAGUUGGUGGACCAAUACCAACUUUGCAAUACAACGAAUUUAAAAGGAAACUACCAAACACAGCAUUAUUUGUUGGUUAUGGAUUGACGGAAACGAAUAGUAUUGCCUACAAUGACGGAAGUCAUUCACCAGAAUCCGCAUAUUUACCGAUUAAUAGAAAUAUUGUUAUUAAGAUUGUUGAUCCGGAAAGUGGGACAGCGUUGGAUUUAAACCAGACAGGUGAAGUUCGCGUUAAAGGAAAAUAUUUAAUGAAUGGAUAUUAUAAGAAAGACACUGCGAAUGGCUUUGAUGAGCAUGGUUUCUUUAAAACUGGUGAUCUGGGAUAUCUAGAUGGUAAUUAUCGGUUGUUUAUAGUUGAUCGCAUCAAGGAAAUGUUUAAAUAUCGUGCAUGGCGUGUGAUUCCUGCUAAAAUCGAAAAAGUUCUACGUCAACAUCCUGCCGUUCUUCACGCGGUUGUUCUCGGAAUACCACAUGAAGAAGAUGAUAAUCAUGCUGUGGGUAUAGUUGUACUCAAAGAAAAGGUUUCCAUUGCUGAGAAUGAAUUAAUGAAAUUUGUCAAUGAUAAGAUGGAUAAUCUUCAUCAGCUGCGUGGUGGAAUUAAAUUGAUUCUAGAAGAGCAGAUUCCAUUUACGCCGACUGGAAAACUUAACAGAUUGAAAUUGAAGCAGAAUUAUCUAAAUUCGGCCUUGUAGUUUGUAAUUUAUUGACAAUGCGAGUAAUGAGCAAUAUCAGUGACCUUUUAAACAUAAUUAUUAUUUACUUAUUGGAGUUUUUAUUUACUUAAAUUCAUUCAACUUUGAUUAUUGUAUUUGUUCACUUAUAAUCUGUAAAACUGUUUAACUAAUGAUCUUUCCUUAUCACCCAAUAAACAAUGCUUUACUUUGUA